AUGGCACUACAAACAUCAACCAAACAACGAGAUCUUAUUCAUAAGAAAAAUGAUGAGUUCUAUCAAAAUUAUCCGCAUGAAUAUGCCGAAGAAAUAGAUGAAACAGAAAAAGAUCUAAUGGAAAAUUAUCUUUAUCUAACACAACAUUGCGGUGUUUUGCGUCAUUCGCCAACAACAAGUGUUUUAGAUACCAUACAACAGCAACAACAACAACAUAAUCAUCAUCAAAAACUAAAUCAAUCCGUAUUUUCACGGCAAAUUACUUGGACAACUGAAAAUCAUCCUCUGGCUUAUGAUCGUUCAUUUCAUUUGUCUCAAGCUCGUUCAUUAUUAAAUGAUUUUAGUAAUAACUAUCAUAGAGAAGAACAUCGAGUCAUAAGUCGAAUACCACCAACAAUCUAUUAUAAUGUUGAUGAUGAUGAUGAAUCUGGUGAUAGAUCAUUUUCGUUAGUAAAACUUUUUGCACGUAUGAAAGCACGUAUGACACAUGAUCGACGUUAUAAACGAAGCGCUAAACAUGAACUUCUCCAUGAAGAUGCACACGAAUGGUUUGAAUUAACUAAAAACGUCCGAGAUGUUCUAACAAAAGCCCUUUUACCAGAUGGGGGCUACGAUGCUUUAUUACGUCAGAGAAGAGCAGGUCACAAUCGACGAAAUUCACAAAAGAAAUCGAUUGAAUACAAUCCUGUUCUAUCGAAAGAUAUAGAAGAAGAUGAAGAAAACAUUAAUAUUGAAAUUGACGAUGAAAUGAACACUGAGGGAAAUAAAGAGUUCGAUCUAAUUAUAUGGAAUAAAUUUUUGGACUGUUCACGCGGACUCAAUCAUCGACGAUGUGCAGUUUGUAAAACUGUUGAUCGACAACAACAUCAAGGACAAUUAAUGUAUAUUUAUGGUGUCGCGAACAACAUCUUAAUCGAUGAAAAUUUGAAAGCAUCAGGAUUGGGUUAG